UUCCACGCACCCUCCCUUUAACUCAGCAAUUUUCAAAUCUUCCGCCAUCCCGACGCAGCAACAGUAGGUUACUCGUCAUCAUAAAUAAAACAACAACAACAAUGGAGAAAAGGAUAUCCUAGUGAAAUGUACAAAAGAAAGAAACAGACCGACAAAAAUCUAAUCAGAUUCCGCGCGAAGCAGGAAGUACAUGGGUAAACUUGCAUGACAAACUUUAUAAUGAGGUGGAUGACACCGACUAAUCGACUUUAAAAAACAACGUUUGUUGGCGUGGUAUUUGUUAAAGUUGGUUUGACUUUCUGCAGUACCCGUGACGGCGGUUGAAUGGCUUUGAUUCUGUUUUUGUUUUUUUUAAAUGUUUAUCGUCCCGUUUACAUUACAUUACCCGCUGUGAACAUUUUAACAAUGUGAGCCUUAACGGUCCCCUGCACGACAUGCAUUCAGCGUACACAUUUUUAAAACAGUGCAGCGCUGCUCACUUUGUUGCAGACAGUAUUUCUUUUCGGCGGUAAACUUGCAGAAUUCAGUUGGGAGCUAUUGCUGUGCACCUUCUCGGUCUGCAAGUAUGGCAGCCUCUUUGAAGCAGACGACAUCAGAGAUAGCUACUGCUUUUGACAAACUUUUAUCCUCGAGUACGCUGAGGCUGAGAACCCACGACGCGGGGUGUGUGAGCGUUGUGGCCGUUGAGAGGUAUGUGGCGGUACCAGGGCCGAGUGUGAAUAAACCGACCACCACCUGCUACAGUUACGACGUGACCGUAACUGAUGGCGUGUACCGGGCCAAGUGUCAGCUGGCACCCGAACUCAACUCGCUGGUGCACAAGUGCGUCCUGCGGACUGGGGUGGAAAUCAGAAUCGUCCAGUGCUCUUUCCUAUACAACGAGAAGUGCCUGCGCCCGGGCUGCGUCUUAAUAGAGGGCAUAGAGUUCGGGGGUGAGCGCUCGCCUCUUCUCCAAACACUGACCCAAGAGGAUGUGGGGAGCCUCCCCUUCUUUACAAGCAGGGUGAGGAAUGUGUUAGCCCACAGCGACGGACCUCUCAAGGUGGAGAAGAAACAUUACUUACCGCUUUGGAACAACGACGAUCCCUACGGAGUGUUAUGGAAAUGUGACAUCGCACCUCCAAGCAAUGGCCAGGCACUUGAGUGUAACUUGUCCAGGGGCAUUCACUUGUGCGACUUGGAGUUGUUCUGGGGAUGCACGCCGCGGUUUCCACCUGUGCUCGUCAGGGUCAUGUACAAGUCCAGACUGAGAUUCUUCGGGAAACCUGACGGGAGGAUUGACAUUCCUUACCAGGCGUACUUUGAGGUUGCAGACUGCACAGGCCUGAUGUCCAUGGUGCUGUGGAAUGGAAUGUGUCCUGAGUGGUACCAAAAGCUGCACGUGGGCACUGUGAUCCUGGUCGAGAAUUACGCCAUGAAACAGGCCUUCGAGUCAAGGACACAGCCCACCCCAGCAGACCCCAGCAUGACCAUGCUCAGAUCAACAGAAAUCAGUGUGAAUACACUGGCUCCCGCAGGUAAAAUCACCAUAAUCCCACAGGAGGCUGUGAAACCCGAAUGGAAAUUACCAGAUAUCACCUACACGUUUGUCACCAGGUGUCAACUGGACAAUCUCUCUCCAGGAGACACCUGUGAUGUCAUUGGCCUGGUGACCUUCGUGGGGAGAUGUGAGCGAAUCAAAAAGAAAGAUGUAGCUGAACGUUACUGGACAUACCGCUGGGUCCAUAUUGUGGAUGAUACGAGAGAGCAGCCAUUUAUACUGGAGAUUUUCGCCUCGUCACAGCCUGAAGCUUUUAGUAAUAUUUGCCCAAUGUCAUACCUAGUCUGCACACAGAUGAGGGUGGUUGGGGAAGCUCGUGGCCAUACGAUGAACUACCUCACGUCUUCCAAUGAGUCCCAGGUAUAUUGUGCAGGAUAUCACAGGGGCCAGCCAUACGUCUCCCAUCCCAGAGUGAAGAGCUUUAUCAAGUGGACUAAAACCCUAAGCGAGGAAACCCUGCUGCGGAAGACUGUGAUCGGAGGAUACUACCGCUUCCCCCAUUCUCCGGACACGUUUACACCGAGCAGUGACGACAGCAAAGCUCCGUCCCUGACCUCUACCAGUGAGCUGCAGCAGGAGAUGGAGGAGCUGCAUUACCGGGAGCACCGGUGUCUCGCAGUGCAGGGCUUCAUCGCUGCUGUGCGCUACGUGGCCUGGCCAGCAGCACGGGGGGCGUCCGGUGGGCAGCCCGAGCAGCCUGUGCCAGCGGCAGCGUCCUCCUCUGAAACCCAGGAGCCCCGAGACCAGGCUCAGCAUGGAGCCCCAGCGGCCCGGGCAGGAGCUGGCACCCCGCUGUCUGAAUCAGGGGAGCAGAAUAACCGCACCACGGGCACUGCAGCGAAACGAAGCAGGUGCCCCUACAACUUAAGGGUGACCAAGCGCCGGUAUUGCACAGAAGCCGCCAGUCAAACACGAAGAGUCACUAAAUCGGAACAGGAUGCUCCUACAGAUGAGAAGACAGUUCAGGCUGACCCAAGGAAGAGGAGCCGCCCACAGCAGGAUGACUCCGAGCAGCCUGACCCAGCAGAUUGCCAGAGCAGCAGUGACACGCUUGCGGUGGUGACUCUGGAGGAAGUGCCCAGCCCCUCCUGGGAGUGUGGAGUCUGGUCAGCUGUGCAGCAGCACCUGUCUGUGCACCUCAAUCACAGCCUGCACUCUGCAAGCGUUCCUCGCAAGUUUGACUACAAGCGCAGAGAGUUUCUAAUGCAGCAGCAUAACCUUCACCCAGCCAAGUGGCAGCCGCCUCCAGCAGCUGCCACAGCUUGUGAUAUAGAAGAGUUCGUCCCUGUUUGCAACCAUGGAUACUAUGUAGUGACAAUAAUGGGAGUAAACCAGCAGGUGGCCAUAGACGCUGUGUUCCUGCCUGUGAUAUCUCCUGAUGAUCCCAGGAGGGUGGGUCGGCCCCAGGCACCCCAUGACAACACGCUGCUCUCCUGCCUGACAGAGGGGUUUGUCUCCCCGGAGAGCACAGGCACCACAGGCUGGGGUGGGGCUCGGCAAAGCUUCCCUUCUCCAGGUGCGAUCAUGCAGACGGCAGGGAGCCUGGACAGAGUGCAAGUCAUCUGCCUUCUAGACCUUUACCAACUUGGAGGAGGCCAGGUGGAGGUUUUUCUCAACAAACUCUACAGGCUAACUGAUAUUGCAGUGAGGGUUUAAGAAGCGACUUUCCACAAGGAUAUGAAACUUCUUUACGAGAAUCGACUGGCCAGUGUGUGUCACUGUGUCCGAACACGGUUAAGAACAGCACGUUUCUUUGUUCCAUCUGCUUUCGGCAGCUCCCAGACAAGUAUGUCAUGAAUGUUUGGUACAGUAUUUCUGCUGUUCUGUUGUUUUUCAAUCAGUAUUCAGAGUGUUUUUGUUGUGAGUGAGCCUGUUGGGUUUUCUUGUUGUAUUUAUUUUCAUUUCUUUUAUAUAUAGCUCUAGUUUUGUAACACUGACAGUGUACUUGAAUGACAUUAAAAGUGAUGCACUGGUAUAAAAAGCUUUAAAAAAAAAUAAAGACCUGUAAUUGAAAUGUAAUUGAAAUGUAUAAAUACAUCCCAUCUGUGUUCUGCAGUUUCACUGGAAAGCUGACGUAAA